AUGCGGAGUCAGGGCAACUCCGCGGCAAGCACCGUGAGAUCAAACACGGCGGCGGACCAAAGGCGCCGGCAGCGUCGUCAAGGCUUCCCGGCCCUCGGCAUCUCUGUGCUUGAAAGCGCUGUCAGCGCAGUCCAGGGCCAGACGGAUCUGCCUGACAUCAAGUUCCGUGGCAAUGCAGUGGGAGAGCAAAGAAGCGAAUUGGAUCUCCAGACUUCCUUGCUCAAGGGUGGCACCAAGGAACAGGCACAGAUAUUGGCCAUAGCCCACGGGCUACAAGAAGGCAUUGAAGAUCUGCUGGCGGGUCGGGUCUUCCACCCAGGGGCUGACAAGGACGAGGUCGAGUGGGAUUCAAGCAGUGCGGAGUCUGAUAGCUCCAGCACGCUGCCUCCUACAUCACCCACGGAAUCGAAGAAGGUUGUGCAGGAGGAGCGACCGGAGGCGCAGCCGGCAGAAGCAGAACCAAGCUCCCCACUGCCAGCGAAGAUGAAGAAAGCGUUGGCAGGGAUGCCUGGAUGGAUGCAAGGUGAAGUGGAGUCUGGUGACGAACAGGACUCCAGCAACGAGGACGGCUCCGCUCGAGCAGAUCAUAGUGAUGAUGACAGCGUGGACGGCUUCCUGAACAUCAACUACCAUGACAUUGACGACAUUGUGCAAGAAACAGACGACAGCAAGAUCGAGCAACAAGUCAAUGCUGGUCGAGCAGCAACGAAUCGAAUCAUGUAUGAGUGGAAGGAGAUGGCUCGGGUGAGAUUGACAGAGGAGCUGAAUGAAUGGUUUCAAGAGCGGAAGGCCAAAGGCGGCACGGAGGUUGCAGAAUUGGACGGCACUGAAGCAGAAAGCAACCAGACCAUGGUGUCGCAGGGUGAAGGAAUCCGGGAAGUGAAGAGUGGCAUCGAGAAGAAGGAGAUGGCCUUGUUUUCUACCAUCAGCUGUCCCUCGAUUGAAGUGCUUCCCCGGCUUUCAGCAAAAGUUCGCCACCCGCAUUGA